AUGUCCCCCGGGCCUCGGAGGACGGCCGAAGAGGAGGAUGACGAUGAAGAUCUAGGGGGAGAAGCGCUUCGAGCCCUUCUGGAGGCAACAAGAACAUCAGAGGGUCGUUCCCGCCUGGCUUCGGAGGGAAUCGUCCUCCCUAAACUCGUCCGCCGCCUCCGCCCUGAUCUCCCCCUCCACCGCAUCCUCUCCUUCCUCCGGGUUCUGAGGAACCUCUGCGCCGGGGAAGCCGCGAGCCAGGACGCCUUCCUUGAGUCCGGUGGCCCCGAAGCCGCUGCCUCCGUCGUUCUGAGGGGGGCGCUGCCGGUCCCCGAGGAAGUCGUGCGGUUAGGGCUCCAACUUCUGGGGAACGUGGCGGCGGCUGGGGAGAGACAUCGGUCCACAGUAUGGCGGCAGUUCUUCUCGGACGGCUUUCUGGAUCUGGCGAGGGUGAGAGACGCCAUGGCCUGCGAUGCUCUGUGCAUGAUCCUGUAUAUGUGUUGCUGUUCGUCGGGGCCGGAGAGUCGUGAGAGGUUCGACGAGCUCUGCGGCGUCGGAAGGGGAUUGCCCAUUUUGAAGGAGGUCAUUUCCACCGCCUGCUCAGGUACAGCUCUCUCCUCCUCUCCAUCUGUGAAUUUUAUGACCAAAUCAGGGCAAGGACUGUUCAUCAUCUGCAAUUUCUCCGAACAGCCAUCCUAUUGCAGGAAGGAAAUAGUUUUUCCUUUUGUUUUUUUUUUUUUGAGAAGAUUGAUCGUUGACUGAAAGAUCUGAUCAUCGUGGUUGACUUUUGUAAGCUGGGUGCCGAGGGGACUGGCUCCGGCUUCUCCUCUCUCGCGUGUGCUUCGAGGAACCAGGCCUCCCCCUUCUGUUCUCAGAAUUCAGCUCAUUCAGCUUCGUCGAGAUCUGCCGACUGCCCGAGAACGGAAAUCCCCCGUUCACUGUGGAGCAAGCGUUCCUCCUGGGCAUUCUCUCAGACUUCUUGAGCGAGCAACCAGGGGAAGGCGGCCACAUCUCCAGAGGCUUUGUUCUCGCUGUCCUUCGUGUUCUUGAAGGAGCUUCUCUUUCAGUGGACUUCUCAUCCAGGGGACCAUCCCCAUUGCCGACCGGCUCUCCUGCAGUGGACGCUCUCGGUUACUCGCUCGCCAUUCUGAGGGACAUCGCCGCCGCCGAUGACUCCUCUUCGCUGCCGCCCCUGGUGGAGCCACUGGUCUCUUCGGGGAUCUGCCGGCACCUGCUUGGCCUUCUCCGGGACCUCGAGCCGCCGUCGACCGUCAGAAGGGCCCUUCACCGGAGACCCAGCUCAGAGGCGGCGUCGCCGCCUUCUUCACCGUCAAAAGUCUGUCCUUACAGAGGCUUUCGGAGGGACCUCGUGGCCGUGAUCGGCAACUGCACCUGCGGGCGGCGGCGGGUUCAGGACGAGAUCCGGCAGCUGGACGGGAUUCUUUUGCUGCUGCAGCAGUGCGUUGUUGACGAGGAGAACCCCUACUUGAGGGAGUGGGGGAUGCUGGCGGUGAGCUACUUGUUGGAGGGCAAUGCUGAGAACCAGCGGCUGGUGGCGGAGCUGGAGCUACAGGGGUCCGUUGACUCGCCGGAGGUGGCGGAGCUGGGGCUCAGGGUUGACCUGGACAAGAAAACCGGUCGGGUGAAGCUGGUCAAUGUCUGA